CUCUCCUUCUAUGGAGCUAGUUAUUCUCCAAAUAUCCAAGCGAAGCAUAAAAUUUGGAUGUCUCUCGAAACCCCUCUCCCUAAGAUUCCUCACCUCCGCCUCUCUCACCGCCAAUCUCCGGUCAUCCUCCGCCGCGCUCCGAUCGUCGGAGCCCUCUGCUUCAUCGGCGCCAUCACCGCCCUCGCCAAAGUUCCGUUUUUGAGGUCAAAGUUUGGGCAUCAAUCGCCCGUUAGGGCAGUUCAUUCUUCAUCAGCAAUGGAGGGUUCAACUGCUACUGUGCCUUCUAUCGUGGUAUAUGUUACUGUUCCCAAUAAGGAAGCAGGCAAGAAACUUUCAGAAAGCAUUAUUACAGAAAAGCUUGCUGUGUGUGUCAACCGUGUGCCAGGAGUCGAAUCUGUUUAUUGGUGGGAUGGCAAGGUACAGACAGAUUCUGAAGAACUGCUCAUAAUCAAAACUAGAGAAUCCCUUCUGGAUGCCCUGACAGAGCAUGUCAAACGAAACCAUGAAUACGAUGUUCCUGAAGUCAUUUCGUUGCCCAUAACUGGUGGCAAUCUGAAGUACCUAGAAUGGAUCAAGAGCAGCACAAAAGAGAACUGAUGCCUUAGCAAGGAGAGAAGCAUGUGCUUCUGUUCAAGGGACCUAUGUACUAGUUGCAUGGCUGUGGUCUACGGUUUUCACUUGUAUGGUACUGUUGAGACUUUCUUGUUCUGUGCAAACUUUUCCUACUGCAUGUGCUACCUUAGUUUGUAUGAUAAAGAUUGGACUGACUGAAGACCUUCGCUCGCAUAAUUAUUUUACGCGUGAUGGUAUCACAUCCAAUUA